AAGAGGAAAAGGAGGAGACGCAACCAAAUUGAGCACGUGUGAGAAUCUCCCCAUGCCGAAAACCAGAGGCGUCAAAGAAAACGCUUUCGGAAAUAUUUAUCAAAGCAAAAACAAAAACAUGGGCACAAGUCAUUUCUCGUUUUUACGGUGUGGCUGUCAUCACUCAUCACGAACUCAUUCAAGACCAGAAGAUGUGCUCUCUCAUUUAUAGUUUGUAGUUGGUUGGUACUCUCAUUUUGCACUCGCACGGUUCUAGCUCGCGCAGGGGAGUUGGACUCCAAGGAGUAUUUGUGCUUCUCUGGGUGCUCUCGUAUUUUCAAUUUCUGGGCUUGAAGAGCUGAGAUCUCUCGAGAAUGGGGGAGGUGGAUUACCUUGCCGACGAAAGGAAGACGGCCCAGUUCGAUGUUGACGCUAUGAAGGUCGUCUGGGCAGGUUCUCGCCCCGCUUUCAAUGUCUCUCAUCGGAUCUCUCGUCUCGUCGCUAGUGAUCCGGUCUUUCGGAAGGAUGACAGAGCCAUACUAGGUAGGAAGGAGUUAUUUAAAAAGACACUGCAAAAGACAACUUAUGCCUGGAAAAAAGUCAUUGAGCUUCGUCUUUCUGAGGAAGAGGCCUCGAGGUUAAGGUCUUUUGUGGAUGAGCCUGCCUUCACGGACCUACAUUGGGGUAUGUUUGUACCUGCUAUAAAAGGGCAGGGCACUGAGGAGCAGCAACAGAAAUGGUUACCAUUGGCAUAUAAGAUGCAAAUAAUUGGUUGCUAUGCACAAACUGAACUUGGUCAUGGUUCUAAUGUUCAAGGGCUUGAAACCACUGCAACAUUUGAUCGUGGAACAGAUGAGUUUAUCAUUCAUAGUCCCACAUUGACAUCAAGCAAAUGGUGGCCUGGUGGACUGGGUAAAGUUUCCACACAUGCUGUUGUCUACGCACGCCUUAUAACGAAUGGUCGGGAUCAUGGGGUUCAUGGUUUCAUUGUCCAACUUCGGAGUUUAGAGGAUCACUCACCUCUUCCGGGCAUAACUGUCGGUGAUAUUGGAAUGAAAUUUGGAAAUGGUGCAUACAACACUGUGGACAAUGGGCUCGUAAGAUUUGAUCAUGUGCGCAUCCCAAGGAGCCAAAUGUUGAUGAGGGUUUCACAGGUCACAAGGGAAGGAAAAUACUUGGAAUCUGAUGUUCCACGGCAGCUACUUUAUGGGACUAUGGUAUAUGUGCGACAAACAAUUGUAGCUGAUGCUUCUAUAGCUUUAUCGCGGGCAGUUUGUAUUGCUACGAGGUAUAGUGCUGUUCGUAGACAAUUUGGUUCGCAGAAUGGUGGACUAGAGAGCAAGGUGAUUGAUUACAAAACUCAGCAAAGUAGGCUCUUCCCUUUGCUGGCUUCUGCCUAUGCCUUCAGAUUUGUUGGUGAGUGGUUAAAGUGGCUGUACACCGAUGUGACCAAAAGACUACAGGCCAAUGAUUUCUCAAUUUUGCCUGAGGUUCAUGCGUGCACUGCGGGUUUGAAGUCUUUGACUACUGCUGCCACUGCUGAUGGGAUUGAAGAAUGCCGGAAACUAUGUGGUGGCCACGGUUACCUAUAUAGCAGUGGGCUUCCUGAGUUAUUUGCAGUGUAUGUCCCUUCAUGUACAUAUGAAGGAGACAAUACAGUAAUGCUUUUACAGGUUGCGAGGUUUCUUAUGAAGACUGUGUCUCAGCUGGGGUCUGGGAAAAAUCUUGUAGGAACAACAGCUUAUAUGCGAAGAGUGGAGCAUUUAAUACAAUGUCACUGUGAUGUUCAAAAAGCUGAUGAUUGGUUAAAGCCUGGUGUGAUAGUUGAAGCAUUUGAAGCAAGAGCUGCUAGGAUGUCAGUUGCCUGUGCACAAAAUCUGAGCAAAUUUGCAAACCCAGAGGAAGGUUUUUUGGAACUCUCAGCUGAUUUAGUGGAGGCAGCAGUUGCUCAUUGCCAAGUAAUCGUCGUUUCUAAGUUCUUUGAGAAAUUGCAACAAGAAAUAGAUGGGAAGGGGGUUAAACAAAUGUUGGGGUUCCUCUGCAACAUCUAUGCCCUAUCCCUUCUUCAUAAACAUCAUGGUGAUUUCCUCUCCACUGGUUGCAUUACCCCAGAGCAAGCUGCACUAGCAAAUGAUCAGCUCAGAUCUUUAAAUUCCCAGGUCCGCCCAAAUGUAAUUGCACUCGUUGAUGCUUUUGACUACACUGAUCACUACCUUGGCUCGAUCCUUGGCCGAUAUGAUGGAAAUGUGUAUCCAAAACUCUAUGAGGACGCCUGGAAAGACCCUUUGAAUGACUCAGUUGUUCCAGAUGGCUACCGUGAAUAUAUUCGGCCUCUGCUGAAGCAGCAGCUCCUGUCCCCAAAACUCUGAGGACAAUAGUAAGUGUGACAGAUGGUCCAAGGUUCUAAAUGUGUGCGUGUGUUUUAUUUUUUCUUUUCAGUUUGCUGUAAUCGAACUGCUCAUGAAUAAGUUAGUUGGAUGAUAACCACUUAAGGGGGAGGGUCGUAGGUGACGUUUGUAGCAUCAAUUUGUGCAAUCUGUGCAGAUUGAAGUUGGGAAUGUUAGCAUUACCCGUCUCAAGUUGUCAUCAGACCAGGAGAAGCAGAACAAUAAGAUUUGUGAUCCCAGUAAUGCACAUACACAUACAAAUCUUUGUCC